AUGGACGACCUUGAACUUAUAGUACUAGAUUCCAGUUCAGAAGAAGGCUCUAUUAGUGAUGGUGAAAUAGAUCUCGAAGCGUUAGUGGCUAAGGACCACGAACUACUAAACACAGGGACUUCACCUGGCAACAUCAAUACAAUGCAACAGAGUGGGUAUAUACAACGAUCCAGCAGUGACCUUAACGUAUCGACAGACAGUCCCAAGAACAUUCCCAUCGAUUCUGACCCCAACGCAUCGAGGCGACCUGUCAAUAAUGAACCCAUACAACGCCAUCCACUGUCAAUACAAGGCAGAAGUAUGCCGCCCUUGGCAAACGGUAGGCUUGACUCCUUAAAACAUAAGAGUGUUCCUCGACUCGAUAACUUUGACUUCAAGUUCAACAACGGUUCUGGUGUGCCUUUGUUCCCAAAGUACGAGUAUCCCACGAAACCACUAGACAGCAAUAUCAUCUCCUUAACCAGUGAUAGUGAAAGCGAUACUGAAAUGGAGGACGUUAGCUCUUACAGAGAUAAUAACACUAGUAAUACUACUACUACUAAUAAUAAUAAUGGACAUGGCCCCAACGCUGCACUGCUCUUAAGCUUACCGAACAUAUAUUCUUCCAAUCAAUCAUCAGUGGUGCUGAUAAACGGCGAUGCUGCUAAUAGUCCUGGAAUGAGACCUCCGAAUGUCAGUGGCAUGGACUUUCUACGCAAGGUUAGUGAUGAUGAUGAUGAUGAUGAUGAUGAUGAAAUUGUUAUACUAGAUCCCCAAGCAGCUGAGAAAUCAACCCACUUUAAGAAGUCAACCUUUGAAAUGUACCCUCAAAGUCCCCCACCUCAGCAUCAACAUCAACAAUCUUCAUUUAUGUCGUCGAUGCCAGGACUGUUCCCCCCAGACCAAGGCAGUGUGCACGGCCACCGCCAACUACAUAAUGUCCCUGUUGCAGUACCGCAUGUGAAUGAAGCAUUUGCUCAAGAAGAAGCAGCUCGGAGAGAGUUACAAGUCAGGCUAUCAAUGCUAGAGGAAGAACGUUCAGGUUUGGCCCUGAAGAUCCCUGCGUUUAAUAGUGCCAUUAAAAGUGCACUACAGUUAUUCCAAGCUGCUUCGAUCCAAUUUGAAAGCAUCAGAAUAGAGAAGACGAACGCUAGAAAGAAUGGCCUUAAAUCAUUGGUUAAAUCUAUACAAAGCAAAUACGAUCAAGUGGAAAGAGAUUACAAUAAGGCACAAUCAGAGUAUACCAGAGUAAGUCUGGAAUUAGAUACCAUAAAGAGACGGAAAUCAUCACUAGAUAACCAAUGUUUUCAAUUAAGAAGAAAGUUGGAAUUUGCAUUGAACAGUGCAGCUUCUCAAUUCAGGAACUCAUUAUUUAAUAACCAACAAGCAGCAGUAGCAGCACCGGUAACAUAUGUGCCAAACAUUUAUUCAGCAGGAAAUGAACAGUUGACUGAACCUGAAAUGAAGGCAUGGAUGUCCAAAAUGUAUGAUGAAGAAGAUCUUGAUGAUAGUAAGCUACCUCAAACUCCUAAGGAAAUGAAGGUCAAACUAAUGAAGCAUCAACGAAGAGGGUUAGCGUGGCUUGUGGAAAUGGAGAAAAGUACUUUCAAAGGAGGUAUUCUUGCUGAUGAUAUGGGUUUAGGUAAGACAGUGCAAACUAUUGCAUUAAUACUUCAUAAUAAAGCCCAAUCAACCAAUAGACGUGCUUCAUUAGUCAUUGCACCUGUUUCUUUACUUAGACAAUGGGCUCUGGAAAUCGAGUCAAAGAUAAACCAAGAGUUCCAACUCACAGUGGGUGUUUUCCAUGGCAAGGAUAAGAAAUUGCUCAAGACAUUUUCAGAAUUAAACAAAUAUGACAUUGUAUUAACUUCCUAUGGGACAUUAGCUUCAGAAUGGAAGAAGCAUUUUAAAGAAGCCAUUGAAGAAUCCAAAGUCACCAAGAGACAAAAUGUUUUACCAGAUUUGAAUUCAGGAGGAAGAUCAUAUGUUUCACCCUUUUACGCCAAAGAUGCAGUUUUCAAUCGUGUGAUUUUGGAUGAAGCUCAAGCCAUUAAGAACAAAUUAUCUAUGAAUGCCAAGUCAGUAACUUGUUUGAAGGCUGAAUAUCGUUUCAUAUUAACCGGGACUCCAAUGCAAAACUCAGUGGGAGAACUCUACCCAUUCUUUAGGUUUUUAAAAGCUCGGCCAUACAACAAUGAAGAGAGAUUCAAUCAUGAAAUAGCCAUGCCUUUGAAGAUCACUGGUCCUAUGGAUACUCCUCAAAGAGAUUUAAGUCUUAAGAAAUUGAGAGCCAUUCUUAGGGCAUUGGUGUUAAGGCGUACUAAGGAUUCGAAAAUAGAUGGUAAACCUAUUCUACAACUCCCUCCAUUAAAUAUUACAUCUGAAGGUCUUGUCAUGGAGAAAGAAGAGGAUGAAUAUUAUUCCGGUUUACAAUCAGAUAUUCAAGCUAAAGCAAAGGAGUUAUUGAGUGAAAAAAAAUUAGAUGUUGGUUCUGGGAUUUUAACUCUUUUGUUACGUUUACGUCAAGCUUGUUGCCAUAGAUUUUUGGUUGAUGUAGGAAUGAUGAAUGCAGCUGAGAAGCAAAAUAUGGAAUUAUCUAAAGGCGUUGAGAGCAAGAUAACCAAAAAGUGUUAUGAAGUCAAAGGCUUACGGCAGCAAGUUGUAGAUGCCAUAACCAAAGAGUACAGACAAGAAGAAGAAGAUGGGAUGUUUAGUUGUCCCAUUUGUACCAUGUUGAAUACUUCAAGUUCCAUGUUAAUAUUCAACAAGUGUGGGCACAUGAUUUGCCAAGAUUGUGUUGAUGAUUUCUUUGAUAGAUAUUUGACACUGGAUGGAGGCUCUGAUUCCAGUAGGAAGGCAAGUUGUAUGAGUUGUCAAACAGAAGUAGAAGAAACCAAAAUGAUACCCCAUUCAAUGUUCUUUGAUCUUAUGGUUAAAAGAUUACCCAUGGAGGAAGUUAUCCAGCUGCAAAUCUCAUCCAGCACUUCAACCACGACUCUGACCAAAGAGAAAAUAGAGGAAUUGAUUAAAGCCAACAAUGGGAUGAUGAUUAAAUCCGCUAAAAUGACCAAAACUUUAGAAUUGGUUAAAGAUAUCAUGAAGAAGAACCCAGAAGAGAAGAUCAUUGUGUUUUCCCAAUUUUUAGUAUCAUUUGAAGUACUUGCAUUAAUGUUAAAGGAAAGCAAUGUUGAUUUCUUGAGAUACGAUGGAACCAUGACAAUUGAUGAAAAGAAUAAGACAGUCAAAUUAUUUUACCAACUGGACAUUCCCGUCUUGUUACUUUCAUUGAAAGCAGGUAACGUGGGUUUAACGUUAACAUGUGCUUCUCAAGUUAUUUUAAUGGAGCCAUUUUGGAACCCAUUCCCGGAGGAACAAGCUAUCGGUAGAGCUCAUAGAAUUGGACAGAAUAGAAACGUACAAGUCUAUCGAUUAUUUACUCCUGGAACUGUGGAAGCUAGAAUUGUUGAGUUACAGAAACAGAAGAAAGAACUAGCAGAUGCAGCGUUAGAUGAAGAUGGUUUAAAGUCCAUCUCCAGACUUGGAAGACAAGAAUUGGGCUUUUUAUUUGGGUUCAAUUCCCUUGAACCUGCGGCAUAG